CCGCUGUAAGCAGACGUGUUUGUUGUGAUCUCUACGAGUGUCCGGUCAAUAUGACUUGGUUUGGAAGUUUUAUAGAUGGUGUUAUGUAAUAAGGGUUUAAAAAUCGUACUUCAGUUUCCAAUGAAGAUGAGGAAUACACUUGAUAUGACAGCUUGGCAUGUCCGUUUAGUGUUGCACCUGUUCAUUGUGCACAUGUGUGUUCUUAGGUUUUGUGCCGGCCAUCCUCAGUGUUUGGACUUCCGGCCUCCGUUCCAGGCCGGUUCUGCCCUAACUUUCUGUCCACAGUACUCCGUUUUCGGAUGUUGUACGGUGGACGAUGAUCGUCAGCUGAGGACAGACUACGGUGGCAUUCGGAACAACGUGCCGUCUGCUUUGUGGCGGGAAUGUGGUGGCUACCUCAGGGAGUUCAUGUGUCUCAAAUGUUCGCCUUAUGCCGCUCAUAUUUUUGAUGCCGAGGAAUCAUUGAUCCCAAGAUCAUUUCCUGGUCUAUGUCGUGGCUACUGUAAAUCAUUUCAUAACAAAUGUGCAGGCAUUGUUAAAUAUAUGACUAGUGAUCCCGUGUUGCGUCGCCUAGUCUCGGAUGGAGCAGACGCUUUUUGUGAACAAGUAGGCCUCGCGGACAACAGUUACUGCUUUCCAGAUUUGGAAACUAAUGACAUUCUCAACAAGAAAAUAUCCAUUGUUCAAGUUACCUCCAAGGGUUGUAUAUGUAUGGAGGAGAUUGCCUCGGGACUCCGAAAUCCCGUGUUCGCGCGACAUGCGGGCGAUGGUACCAAUCGUUUGUUUGUUGGCGAAGUCACAGGACAGGUUCAGAUAUAUUUUCCAAACGGAUCGAAAAUUCAGGAACCUUUCCUCGAUAUUCAAGAAAACGUUAUGAAUACGAAGAGCGAAGGUGAUGAACGGGGAUUCUUGGGUAUGGCCUUCCACCCUCGGUUCAAAGAGAACAACAAAUUUUAUAUCUACUACUCUACGUGGGGAGAGUUUGGAAGUGGUAACCAUGUUACAAAAAUAAGUGAAAUGAUGGUUUCAGAAGAUAAUCCCAAUAAGGCUGACCGGAUGUCCGAGAGAGUUUUACUGACGAUAAACCAGCCCUACUGGAACCACAACGGAGGGGAGAUUCUGUUUGGUGACGAUAACUACCUUUACUUGUUUGUGGGUGAUGGAGGUGCAGCAGGGGAUCCAGAAAAUCGGUCCCAGAACAGAUCCCUACUUCUGGGCAAGGUGCUGAGGAUAGAUAUAGACAGACAACCUCGAUGGAGACCUUAUGGGAUCCCACCAGAUAACCCCUUUGUGGAUGAGGAUGGAGUCCGUCCAGAAAUCUACGCCUAUGGCGUCAGAAAUAUGUGGAGGUGUGGGAAAGAUCGGGGUGACCCAGUCACUGGUGAAGGCAAGGGACGAAUUGUUUGUGGAGAUGUAGGACAGUCCUCAUAUGAAGAGCUGGAUGUAUUAAAGAAAGGAGCCAACUACGGGUGGAAUGCAUUGGAAGGAAUGUCAUGCUUCAGACCUGAUAUUUGUGAUACGAUAAGGGGAGUGGAGGAUCCCAUCCAUACUUAUCCUCAUAGCAUCGGCAUGUCUGUGACUGGUGGACACUUCUACCGUGGCUGUAACAGUCCAAAUCUCAAUGGCUUCUACAUUUACGGGGAUUUUAUGUCAGGGAAACUCUGGAGACUGAUUCAUGAUCCGGUAACAAGGGAAUGGGAGAAUGAGGAACUUCAAAUGUGUACCACGAAGAUGUGUCGUCCCCCACUACAGUCCACGUACGUGACUAGCAUCAUAUCAUUCGGCGAGGAUGAAGAUGGUGAAGUAUAUAUGGUGGCCACAUCCCAAGCCAGUUCUGGUUUACCGUAUGGUAAAGUUUAUCGUAUAGUGGAUCCUGCAAGGAGAGGUAACCCAGACGAUUGUAGAUCUGCUCGCCAUGAGGAGUAUGACACUCGUCGCGUGAACACGACCUUGUACAGACAUGGUACGUCAGGCGGACAACACUGUGGCAUGUUUGCUGCCCUACCCUUGCAUGUUCAUUCAUCCAUAGUCGCCAUUGGAACAUUUCUACUGUUUGCCUUGUUCUAGAGAAAAAUUGCAUCAUGUUCAACAUGAAUGUUAGAAUCAGUUUAAAACUGAUAUCCUGAGGACUCUAACCUUCUCACAGGACAGUAUUGUCUGUAUUUAACAGAGAUCAGUAUUUCUUUCGCUGGGAAUUAAACCUAAAACCUCAGCCUUAUUAGACAAACACUCCAAACUCAAUGGGUAGGAACCCACUAACAUUUCACUAAGGACAUAUUUAUAGUGAGGAGUGAAGUCAGUUCUUUGACGGUCAAAGAAGUGGAUUUCCAAUUCUUCAAAUUACCUGAAUAUAUGUAUACUUUGUCAAUAUAAAAAAUGUUGACGUAUCAGGCUGUAUGUCUAAAGCCUACAACAGUUUUGAGCAUGUGCUUGUCACAUCUGUCUCUUGCAAGUUAAACCACUGCUGCUCCAGCCAGACAUACCUUAUUCUGUUGGGGUAUCUUCGGGAGAUACAGCUUCUUACUAACCCUGCUCAUUACUGCCAACAAAUUGGUAUGCAAAUUAAUUACGUACGUUUUAGGUUAAUAACAGAUGUGCGCAGUCACACAUUUUUAUCUUGAUAUGUUAAUGGUAUUAUUAUGAUUUUGAUGUUUUUGUGAGUGAUAUAGCCUUGGUGUGAUACCAGACAAAACUGAGAUUAUCAAACUUCUUAUUUAACAGACAUUGUCGUCGAAAAAUUUAGAAAAUCAUCUUUUUAUAGGUAAGCAAUGAAAUAUUUAUCAAAACAUGAUUUCAUCAGGUCAGUGACAUGGAUUAUUAAAUCAGCCAUAAGGAGGCUCCAUUUCUUAAAUUUGUUUUUCUGCAAGGACUUCAUUUUUUCAUUGAAGUGGUCAGAAUUUUAGUUUUUUAACAAGUUUUUUAAGUAAUGCUUUGGCUUUUUAAUGUGAAUUGAUCUGGUUAGGACAAAUACACUUGUUAGUGUUUGGCAGUGUUUGCUUUCACCAUCGUUAUCCCCUUGUAAUGAGUUGCAGAGGAACUUUAGCAUCAUACCUCACAUUCUACGUCAUCUGUUUCUGUCUGUCCAUGUAGAACAUACCAGUUUAGAGAAAAUCUUUUAUUCAAACCCAAUUGACUUUCAAAGUUAGUGGUCAGAGGUCAAGGUCACAUAGGUCAUAUAAGAAGAUAUCUAUAAAUCUAAUGAGUUCAUGUUGUAGUCUUCUCAUCUCUACUUAAGUGAUUCACAUAAUAUACCUCUAAUAGUUCAGUCAUGUAUCAGCGCUUGUAAAUUCUACAUUGAAUGAGGCAGGAGAUAGCUGUACUUUGAAUGUAAUGUAGUUUAUGUCUGUUCCAAUGUAUAGUAAUACAUAGCAGUUAUAUGAACUAUCACAAUGUUUAUGUGUAGUGUACAUAGUGAUACAAUAUAUCAUUGUCUACCAUACCACUCAUAGUUAAAUGUAUUAGUAUGUAGUGGUACAACAUAGAGUAUGUAGUGGUAACAUAGUGGUACAAUGUAUUAGUAUGUGGUGGUAACAUAGUGAUACAAUGUACUAGUAUGUAGUGGAAACAUAAUAAUACAAUGUAUUAGUAUGUAGUGGUAUAAUGUAUUGGUAUGUAGUGGUAACAUAGUAAUACAAUGUAUUGGUAUGUAGUGGUAACAUAGUGAUACAAUGUAUUGGUAUGUAGUGGUAUAAUGUAUUGGUAUGUAGUGGUAACAUAGUAAUACAAUGUAUUUGUAUGUAGUGGUAACAUAGUGAUACAAUGUAUUUGUAUGUUGUGGUAACAGUAAUACAUUGUAUUAGUAUGUAGUGGUAUAAUGUAUUGGUAUGUAGUGGUAACAGUGAUACAAUGUAUUAGUAUGUAGUGGUACAGUGUAGUGGUAUAAUGUAUUGGUAUGUAGUGGUAACAUAGUGAUACAAUGUAUUAGUAUGUAGUGAUACAAUAUAUUAUUAUGUAGUGGUAUAAUGUAUUGGUAUGUAGUGGUAACAUAUUAAUACAAUGUAUUAGUAUGUAGUGGUAACAUAAUGAUACAAUGUAUUAAUAUGUAGUGGUAUAAUGUAUUGGUAUGUAGUGGUAACAUAGUGAUAUCAUGUAUUAGUAUGUAGUGGUAACAUAGUGAUACAAUAUAUCAGUAUUUAGUGGUAUAAUGUAUUGGUAUGUAGUGGUAACAUAGUAAUACAAUGUAUUGGUAUGUAGUGGUAACAUAGUGAUACAAUGUAUUUGUAUGUAGUAUUACAAUGUAUUUGUAUGUAGUUUUAUUAUGUUUUAAUAUUGUAUAUAGUGGUACAUUGUACAUGUAUAGUGUAUAUAGUAAUACAAUAUACCAAUAUGUAGCAUACACUGUGUAACUGAAAUAUGUUAUUACAAAGUGACACAAUGUUCUCGUAUGUAGUACAAUGUUCUAGCAUUUGCACAUUACAGACCAUACAAUUUACCACUAUGUGAUACAAUGUUAUAAUUUGCUUCUAUGAAGUGAUACCAUGUUUACCUUAAUGUAGUACAUAGUGAUAUGAUGUAUUAAAUGUUUUAUGCAGUAAUUCAAAGUGCUAGUAUGACGUGAUCCAUUGUACUUGUACAAUUGUACAGUGAUGCAGGAUACAUAUUCUAGUAUUUGAUGUGUUUAUAUACAAAUGUAUGUGAUAUAUUUUUGUAUUUACUCUCUUUGAUGAAUUGUAGUUUUAUAAAACUGAGGCUUCUAUUUGUUGCGUUGAAAUUUACCAAGUUUUCUAUUCAAAAGUAAAUGAAGUUGGAGUAUGAUUGAUUUACGCAAGAUCUGCUCCAUACAUGGUACUUGUCUCUAUUUAAAUUCAUAUUGACUAAGGUUUCGUAAGCCAUUCCUAACAAACAACAAAAGUAAGUAGAAUACUGCAUGAAGCGGCUAAUCUAAAUUUGCACUGUCUUGUUGUUAAGCAUACUGUCAUAUUACUGUAUUUAUCUUACAAUAAGCCUACAAGAUACCAAAUCUGACUCAAAUGUCAAAGGUUAAGUUUAUUGGAGAACAAUAACUAUUGUUAAUGAUAUUUACAGCAAUAGCAAGACCUAGGCUUAUUACCAGAUAAAUAUGGUUCAAUAUGAUGUCAAAGAUUACGCUGUUGAUUCCAGCAUUUUAGGCUAUGUUUCCCUUGUCCUUUUUUUAUGCUCCUUGAAGGGAGAGCACAUAGUUCACGCUUUGUCUGUCUGUCUGUCUGUUCAUCUGUCAUAAUUUUGUCUAGAGCAUAACACAAAAACUACAAAGGUUUCAACAUAAAACUUCAACAAGGAGAAGUGCAGUGCACAAGAACCAUCACAUAUUUGCAUAAUUUAAGAGUUAUUGCCCUUUGUUAUUUUUCAUCCUUAAAUCCACUAAAUGUAAGGGGUAUCAACAUGAAACAUCAUAGGUAGAUAGAUCUCAAUGAGAAGAAGGGCAUUGCACAAGAAUCAUAUAGCCCUUUGUUAUUUUUCAUACUUUAAUUUUGUCCAAUUCUUUGAGCAUUACCCAUCUCUGACAGCCCAUGUAUUUUAUUUAGAAAUAUUAAAAGAAAUUUUAAUGGGUUUCUUUUGCAUACCAUACAAUCAUAAUAAAGAAUAUCUUGGUAUA